UGUGUGGGGAGCGAGAGCGAAGGGGUAGGAUCCUUGCCUGUAACUGUUAAGCUUCGUUCUCAGCUGUUACAAGAUCACCCCACCACCAAACAGCCACUACCACAACUGACAGUCGAAAAUUCUCAAAUUUGCCGUCACCCCGGAUAAUGCUCCUUUCGGCAAUCUCCAGUUCAAAAUACUAAAUUUACGUCUAAGCCCAAUCAGAAUGAACGUCAGUACGGACUCCUCUUUGUCCAGCUCAUAUCGUAUCUGUAACAACUGUCAGAAAGUGGUCGUGGAAAAGAAAAAGGCAUUGAUUGGCCGACGCUCACCCAGCGGUCCCAGCUCCUUCAUUCCAGAAGAUGAGAUCUUGGAGGCAGUGGAUGCCAACACGGAGCUGCUGCUGGUGGAGGCCUAUUCCCCAUGCAGGGGGUUGGACCACCUGACCCAGGUGAUGAGCCUGCACCCCCACUACCUGCAGACCUUUCUGCAGAGCCAGUUCUACUUGCUGUGGAUGGAUGGGCCCCUACCCCUGCACUUCCGCCACUACAUUGCCAUCAUUGCAGCGGCACGACACCAGUGCUCGUUCCUGGUGGCGAUGCAUGUGCAAGAGUUUUACCAGAUUGGGGGUCCAGUGGAGUGGCUCAAGGGUCUGCAACACGCCCCCGAGAGACUGAGGAACCUCAAUGAGAUUAACAAGAUCUUGGCUCAUAGACCCUGGCUCAUCACUAAGCAACACAUUCAGAAACUCGUGAAGACUGGGGAGAAUGGCUGGUCCCUGGCAGAGCUGGUGCAUGCCGUGGUGCUGCUGGCCCACUUCCAUGGCCUGGCGAGCUUUGUGUUCGGCAGCGGCAUCCACCCGAAGGGGGAUGCCCAAAGCCACGACACCAGCUUCCAGCCUGUCAACACCUGUCUGUGUGACUUGGCAGAGGAUGGCAGCGUAGAGCCAGAGGGGAUCUUCAGCAGCAGCCCCCAGACGCUAGAUUCAGUGAGCGAACUGGAGGCGUUAAUGGACAGGAUGAAGAGGCUGCAGGAAGAGCCUGAGGAAGAAGAGGCCUCACAGGAGGAGAUGGCCACUCGAUUUGAAAGGGAGAGGAAAGAGAGCCUCCUGGUGGGCUCAGGAGCAGCUUUUGAGGACAAGGUGGAGCCAACAUCAAAUGUCUCUCGGUUUGUGGAAGAUUCCACCUUUGGGUAUCAAGAUUUUGCCAGGCACGGGGAGGAUGACAUGCCCACAUUCCGCGCUCAGGAUUACUCCUGGGAGGACCAUGGCUUUUCUCUGGUGAACCGGCUGUACUCCGACAUUGGGCUCCUGCUAGAUGAGAAGUUCCGCACGGUAUACAACCUGACGUACUACAACAUAGCCAGCCACGAGGGUGUGGACACCACCACGCUGCGCCGUGCCAUCUUCAACUACGUACACUGCAUGUACGGCAUCAGGUACGAUGACUAUAACUAUGGGGAGGUUAACCAGCUGCUGGAGCGCAGUCUGAAGGUCUACAUCAAGACGGUGACCUGCUACCCAGAAAGGACCACAUGCCGCAUGUACCACAGCUACUGGCGCCAAUUCCGCCACUCUGAGAAGGUCCAUGUGAACCUGCUUUUGAUGGAGGCACGGAUACAGGCAGAGCUCCUGUACGCACUGCGAGCCAUCACUCAAUACAUGACCUGAGAGGACAGGUUUAGGCUCGGGACCCACACUGCAUCACUGCUCAGUGUUACCCUAGUGUCUGCCAGGGUGAAAUGGGCCGGGUGCAGAGGGGAGGAGUUGUGGUGAGGCUGUGAUAAACCUGCUAUCCAAAUCUUUUCAAUGGCAUGUAGUUCCCUAGUGUACCCCAAAGGAGAGCACAGCACAGUACUUUUAACCUUUUCUCCCUUCCGUAGAGAAUCUGUGAGUAGAAAACCUGUACUACUGGCUCCCCUUCUUAUUUGUAAAAGA